AUGGCGCCCUUGAUUCCCCGCUUGCAGCUGUUCGAGAUUGAUGAUCAGCCAUGGUUCCCUGCAUUCCUGCGCAGCCGCGUCCAAGGCGGCCUCACUCUGGCAUGGAACUCCAACACGCCUCUCCAGCCGCAAUCACCCGCCCACAUCGCCGCAUCCACCCUCAUCCAAGAAAUAGGCAGCCCGCUCCCCUCUUACACCUUCAUCGACUUCUGUGCCGGUGCGGGCGGACCUACUCCCGCCAUCCAGCGAGCCAUCAACGGCCAUCUCAGCGCCCAGGGCAAGACGCCGGUCGACUUUGUCUUGACCGAUCUGCACCCCAAUGUUGCGGCGUGGAAGAGCCUCGUGAAAGGAGAAGGCCCGCGGCUCAUGUUUGAGAGGGAGUCUGUGGAUGCGAGCAACGCCCCGAGACACGUCGUGGAGCGAAAGGACGGCAAGAGAGUGAUGCGGCUGUUCAACUUGUCCUUCCAUCACUUUGACGACGCCCUGGCGAGAGACAUCUUGAAGGACACGGUCAACACCAGCCAUGGCUUCGCCAUCUUUGAGCUACAGCAUCGUAAUCUCGCGGACGCCGUCACGGUCCUGAUGCUGGGCGUUGCGGCCAUCGCCUUGGCGCCGCUGCUGGCCUGGAAGUGGAAGAGCCCAGCCACGUUGGUCUUCUCUUGGGUCAUACCCGUGCUUCCCUUUGUCAUGGUUUUUGAUGGACUGGUCUCCUGUCUGCGUACGAGGACGGCGGAGGAAAUUGAGGCUUUGCUGCGUGGCUGCGGUGCGGACACGAGCUUGUGGGAGAUGCGGAGUGGAAGAAGCAAGUUCAUCUGGCCCUGCGGAUACUUGCGCUGGGUCAUUUGUAAGCCCGUUGAGAAAGAGCCGAGUCUGCGCUAG